AUGCUUAUGAUUAAGGCACCACCGUUUGCUCCUGCUGUGGAAUUCAAGAAGAGUUCUACAUAUCUGUGUUGCAUAUUUGCUUUAUCUUUUGACAUAGCUGAAAAGGCUCUAAAGAAACACAAGGAAAGAAUAGGGCAUAGGUAUAUUGAAAUCUUUAAGAGCAGUCAGGCUGAAGUUAGAACUCAUUAUGGUCCACCAUGAAAGCUCAUGGCCAUGCAGUGACCAGGUCCCUACGACAGGCCUGGGGCUGGCAGAGGGUAUAACAGCAUUGGCAGAGGAGCUGGCUUUGAGAGGAUGAGGCAUGGUGCUUAUGGCGGAGGCUAUGGAGGCUAUGAUGAUUAUAAUGGCUAUAAUGAUGGCUAUGGAUUUGGGUCAGAUAGAUUUGGAAGAGACUUCAAUUACUGUUUUUCAGGAAUGUCCAAUCACAGAUAUGGGGAUGGUGGUUCAACUUUCCAGAGCACAACUGGACACUGUGUACACAUGCGGGGAUUACCUUACCAAGCUACUGAGAAUGACAUCUAUAAUUUUUUUUCACCACUCAACCCUGUGAGAGUACACAUUGAGAUUGGUCCUGAUGGGAGAGUAACUGGUGAAGCAGAUGUUGAAUUUGCAACUCAUGAAGAUGCUGUUGCAGCUAAUUCUUUAUUGAUUUAAAGACAUCAGUACUAA